AUGCGGGACUCUGAUUUCAAACAAGCAACCCGCACAAGCAAGUCUGGGUUUCUGUGUGUUUUGAGGGAAAUAUUUUCACACCCCAUUUUCCAAAGCAACAGCAACCGACCCCAAAUACCCAUCCCCCACCAACUGGCUUUAACCCUUGAGAGACUCGGCUCCAAUGGAAACGGUUCAUCAGUUGUUUGCUUGAGUCGAAACUUAUCUGUGGCACAUGGAACUGUAAUUAAAAUCACCAGGCGCGUCACCGAAGCUCUGACUUCUCUUGAGGAACAAUACAUCAAAUGGCUGAACCAACAACGGAGACAGGAAAUCUCAAGCGUGAUGAAGAACGAGGGGUUUGACGGUUGUGUAGGUUUUGUGGAUGGGACAACAAUCCCUCUUUUUCAAUGGCCUGGCUUCAAUGGCGAGGUAUUUUGGGAUCACAAAAAGCGGUACUCAAUCAAUGUCCAGAUAGUUUGUGACUGUGACAAGAACAUAAUUGCAUUCUUGAACGGUUGGCAAGGCUCCUGUGGCGACUCCCUUGUAUUUCACCAAAUGGAUAUCUUGACCCACCCCACAGAAUACUUUGAGCCAGGUAAACACCUUAUUGAUUUGCUUCUAAAGCGUCAUUUCCAGUUACUAACAAUUCGAUUCAACUUCUGGGUGGUUCAAUCAAAUGACACAGACCAAUAUUUACUUGCCGAUUCAGCAUACAGCCUUUCUGACAACUGCAUUCCAGCAUUCAAGUCCCCUGCCACCCUCCAGCAAAUCAACACCGAUUUUAAUUACUGUCUAGCAAAAUCUUGGGUCCGAAAUGAACACGCAAUUGGUAUUCUCAAAACUUGCUGGGCAUCUCUUCAAGAGUUGCAAUUACACCUCUACAAACAUCGCCAUAUGAAGCACUGUGCCAAAUGGAUUACAAGCUGCAUUGUUCUUCACAACAUGCUAUCCGAUUUGGGUGACACAUGGGAUCAGCAGCAAGAAGAUAUCAUCAUCAGCCCCUCAGCUUCAGUGCAAUCUUCAACAAACUCAAACACCCCCAACAAUGCCGAGGAGAAGCGAACUGAAGUCCGAAAUCGAUGUGUUCAACUAAACUACUCAAAAGGCAUAUUGCCAAUUAGGUCAUAG